AUGGAUGAAGUACCUAGCAUAACGCUUUCUGCGCGGCAAUGUUUUAUACAUUUUGAAGGUAAAUUUGGCGAAUUGUGUCAUUUAACACAUCAUACAAAUUAAUACAACUUCUAAAAUCUUAAAAUAUUAUGAAAAUUGGGUUGAUUUCAACGAUUUGGAUGAAAAAGAGACUCAACUCGCGACAACUGUUUCGUACCCGGCGUACUUAAUCGAUAAAAACCGAUCAUCGGAAAUCCAAUCGAUCAAUCGAUGGUAAUCGAUGUUAAUUACUUAAUUGAUAUCGAUUGACAUUGAUCAAUCGAUGACCAAUCGAUAGUCACAAUAAGUUAUAGCCAAUUUUAUCGAUUAUUAUCGAUAUUCAUCGAUUUUCAUCAAUAUUUAUUGAUUUUUAUCGACAAAAUACUUUCGAUUUUGAUCGAUUUAUAUCCUUGAGCUAAAUAGUAAAUCUGUUCUCAUUUUUCGAAUGUACACAUGUAUUUGAUCUGUAUUAUAGCUAUAGAUGAAAAACUUAAUUUAAUCCAUUGUUACUGAAUUCCGUUCAAUUUGAGUUUGUUACGACAUUAAAGUACGUAUUAAUUAAAUUACGGCGUUACCUGUUUGAUUGCAUGCAUAUUAACGGAGGAUUUUUUCAUCAAUGAAAAUUAAUAAUAAAUCGAUGAUCAAUCGAUGAAAGUCACAGCAAAAGAAGCCAUCGAUUUUUCAUCGAUUUCCAAUAUCAAUCGAUUGAUAAAUAUCGAUUGGUAUUGAUUGAUAUCGAUACUCAUCGAUUAUUGAUUUCAUCGAUUAAGUACGCCGGGUUUCGUAGCGUGUCAAACAUUGGUCACUUAUAUUUUAUAUUAGACUACAGUCUACAAUUUGUAGCGGAUUAUUUUGCCACUGACAUGAAUAACUGUUCAAAACUUUGUAUUAGAUAAAUUAUAAUAAGAAUUUGUACAAUCACUCGAAGAUACCAAUACGAUUAAAUACACAUAAUUUGUAGGUUGCUUAUUUCUCAAUGGCCUGGUGAUGUACUUCCUUUACAUUUCCUCACCACUCUAGUUCACAACUCGUACACAGUGAAUGAGAAAUCUUGAUUAUAUAUUCUUAUCAAGUCAUCCUUGUAACACUGCUGGACACGGUUUUACACACAGACAUAUCAGUGGUUUUACCCCCUAUGACGAAAACACCAUUCACCAAACGGCAAUAUUUUAUUCAUUUUGAAGGUAAAUCUGGCGAUUUGUGUAAAUUAACAUCUCAUACAAUUGCUAAAAUUAGUGAAUAUUGCAAAAAGUGGAUUGAUUUGGAUGGCGAACAAAGCACGAUCGCAGCAAAUAUUGCCGAACUUAUAAAACGUUGGUCAUUCCAUUCGGAAACGGAGCUAGUGCGAGAUGAAAUUGCUACGGAAAUUACCAACUUGCGAUCUCACAAUAAGUGCUAUAUUCGUUUUUGUGAUAAAACAAAAAUCGAAAGAGCCGAGAAAAGGAUAAUCAAGAAAAAGGCAAUGACUUUCGAUGCAUCCACAAAAGGUGAACCUGUACAAGUACGUAUAUCACCACGAACAUUGAUUAGCGGUAGUGAGGGAAUUACCAGAAGAAACAGGCACGUCCUACCAGAACAAUGCAUAAUUUGUAAGAGACAGGAAACGUACAAGGUGGACAAGGUACUGUAAAAAUAACCUUACUAUUAUUAUUAUGCUAUCCUUUCAAACCACUAAUUAAUUAGUUACAAUUAUUUUGUAGGCUACUAGAAAAAGAAAAAUAGAUAAACUGGUUCUGGCGGAAACCUUUGACGGAGGUCUUUUAAGGGAGGCUGCAGAAAAGAAAAAGGAUGAGUCAAUUUUAGCACAAAUUAGAGGUAAAGACUGUGUUGUCAUAGAAGUACGUUACCACGGGCAUUGCCAUUUGGAUUACUGCAGAUUCUUAACCCGAAAAUUGACAGUUGGUAAGCCAAAUGAUGAACUAUACCAAUCAAGCUACACUGCCUUCUGUUCGAAAACAAUUGACGAAAAGCUGCUUAAGAAAAAACAAAUAAUGAGAAUGAGGGUAUUACAUGAGAUCUUUGGGGAACAAGUUAUGAAGACUGAAAGGCUUGAUGCAUCCAAUUACCGUCCUACUCGUCUUAAGGCAAGAUUACAAAGAGACUAUCCACAACUUGUCUUUCACAGUCCUAUAGUCAGAAAUCGAAGCGAACUUGUCUUUGUUGAAGAGCUAUCAGUAGGUGAAGUAGCAGAAACCGGUGGAACAGCAGAUACUGAACGAGCAGACUCAGAAGAGAGUGACAGCGACGAGGAAAUGAUUAGUGAAACUCCAAUUGAUAAAAAGGAAGUCACCUUGAGCUAUGGAUUCAUCUUGGCCACCGUCAUCUGUCGAUCUCUCCACGACCCAAGUGCUGAAGAUGGUCCCAAUUGUGCUGUUUAAUUUUAUUGCUUGGAUAUUGGGCUUCUCAGAUUACCCAGAAAUGUCAUCUCAUCUGAAACUAGAAGAUUCCCACAUGACGAAAGUCCUAUCUAUCUGCCAAGACAUGUUGUACAUAGCGUCAAACGGGAGAAAACAAACACCGAAGUCGCUAGCACUGGGUAUGGCUGUAAGGCAGCUCACACGGUCAUCACAACUCACGCACAUUUUGAAUGGUUUUGGCCACUGUGCAAGUCAUUCUGCCAUCUUAACCUACGAAACAGACUUGGCUAAGUUAGCUAUAAAAUCAGACUGCUGUAUUCCAAAAGAUACAGAAAAACAAAAAUUUACUUGUCUGGUGUAUGAUAACGAUGACUUCACAGAAGAUUCUAGAAAUCAAACCCAUAUACUCGGAGGUAUAUUAAUUCAACGAGAGGAUUUAUCCGGCAAUGGAACAGUAGUGGUUACACAGCAGCUAAAGAAGGGUGGGAGAACUCUUCAGGCUCCAAGUGAAAGUAUAAUUCCGUACAGCCUUGGCAAAAAGCAGACACCAAAUUUUUUAGGUACAUCACUUUCAUCAACUUUUUAUGAAAUCAACGUCUCAUUUCAUCAAGAUCUUGCUAAGAGGUUGGAUUUUGCCUACUUUCUGAUGAAAAUGCGCCAAAAUCACGUCGGUACUGUACUUCCGGGUUGGACAGGUUUCAACAUUCUUUUAAGGCAAUCUGCAAUACCACCACUGUCUCGAAUCAGAUACUUGCCAAUAAUUGAUGGAUCCCCCAGUGACUACUCAACACUGUACACUGCUCUUUUAAAGAGCAUCAAUAUUGCUGAUAAGCUGUCUCUAGAGCACAUCGUUCUGGUUUUUGAUGAAGCAAUCUACGCAAAGAUUCAGCAGAUUAGGUAAAGAUUAAAGUCUAUGGUGAAUGACAGUUUUACCAAGUUUCUCGAAUUCCUAUUUACUGGCAGCAUUAAUGCAAUACAUCUCGCUUCAAUGUUUGACAUUGUUUGUUUCCUUUUAUAUCUUAAAUUAGAUGGAAAGAUGAGAUUUUUAUGAAGAGGUUCGUUGUCAGACUUGGGGAAUUCCAUGCCACCAUGUCGUUCCUGAGUGCCAUAGGAAACAUGUUUAGAGAUGCUGGGUUACAGGUAUAUGUUCUCUUUUAUACAUUUGUGAGAAAUAUAACUUUACAGUAUUAAGGUAGCUGUAUUUUUGUAAUAGUGAACUUGCAUUGUUUUAGGACAUACUUAUUGAAUCCGAUGUUGUUGGACAAGGGCAAAUUAAAGGUGUAAUGACUGGAAAGCAUUAUAAUAGAAGUAUGCAUUGCCACAAAGUAAUGAGCGAAGCCCUGCACAGACUUCGAUUCCAAGCAUUCUUAGAUAGUGUUAGUGAUGAAGAGUCCGCUAAUAUCUACUCAGUCGUGUCUGACCUGCUGAAUAAUUUUCCAAGCGAGGAUUUUCAGGAGAAACUUACUGCGGAACCAUUCUCGGAAAUUCUUGAUAAGUAUGAGGACUUUGUGGUUCAGGAAAGUGAAUGUAACCCAACGUUUUCAUUGUGGAGUACCUACCUGGAAAUGAUCGGUAUUCUUCUUCAAUUUGUACGGUGAGCUUGUUAAUUGAAUUGCGAAGGUUUGCAGCUAAAAUAUUUUUAGUCCUCAAGCAGCUUUUUUGCUCAUAAGUUGCAUCAGGGAAAUAAAAUGUUUUGACUCCUUUAGAGCUACACAAGAAGGAAAUUGGGAUCUUCAUCUAUCAACAAUGCGUUCAAUGCUUACAUGGUACUUUGGAUGUGAUCGAGUGAAUUAUUGCCGUUAUGGAACGGCAUAUUGGCUUGAAAUGACAAGACUAUAAGAGACACAUCCAGGAUUAUAAUACACGGUUAACGCAACCAUAUUUUUCAUUUGAUACUUAGUUUAGCACUCACAAUUGUAGUAUCGCAAUGAAAAAUAGGCUGGUACACUGAGUGGUGUGAAAUCAUUACAUGCUAUUAAGUUAAUUAUGUGAAUAGGUACUUGUUUGCACUUUUUCUCCCGUUUUUAGCGUUAUUGAGAGAUCUUCGCGAUCAAUGGACAGUACAACGCCAACAGAAUCAUGGGUUUUCCUCUGUCGCAUGCGAUAUGACUAUUGAACAAACCUUAAAUAGAGAUUCAAAAACAAAAGGAGGUAAGAAUAAAUUCAUUUACAGUUUGCCAGUGGUAACUGUACCCACUCUAAAGAGUACAUAUUCUUAAUAUUUCAGGAAUGGUUGGAAUAACGUUAAACAGGGGUGCUAUGCAACGAUGGAUUAUUGCUCAAUCUGAUAGGUCUGCUAUCACAGGAGAGUGUAUGAAAAUGGCCGGCACUGAUCCAACUAAAAGGUAUAUAAUGCAAAAUAACUUUUACUAUUAACAAGUACAUGACUAUUUUUAUUUAAUCACAAAAUUUACAGGCAUACCAAUAGCAUAACUUCGUACAAUAAUUGCUUGCUACCUCCGAGCACAUAAGUAACAAUUUCGUUAUUAUUUAAACGUAAAAUUUAUAGAAAAAGAAUGGAAUUAGACAUGGCACAAAGACCUCGCCAUGAGAAAGAUGUAUUGAGUAUAGUAAACACGCUUCAGAACAUGGUAAAUCCUUUUGAAACUGAUACAGAAUUAACAGAUAUGAUUCACUUGUCAAGUGGACUAGUACAGUAGCUACACCAGAUGUAAAGGCAGACUUACUAAGAACACAACAACGAGGAGAAGAAUGCGUGACUGCUUUUCUAAAAGACAGGUUGCUAGUUUCAGAGCCUGAUAUCUUCUCAACGAUUCCUAAGCUGAAAUUGAAAACCUUUUCGUCAAUGGCUAAGAAAGUUAAAGUUAGUUCAGCAAAAGGUGUGGAAGCCACCAUUAAGAAUAACCGUAACUUGUUCGCUCGAAUGCUCUUGCUGGCGCAAUGUAGAAAUGUGGACAUGAAGGAAUUGCUCUCUUAUUCUUUGGGUCCAUUUCCUUUAUCUCUUUCAACCGAGAUGGGCACCUUGCACAAGACCCAGAAAAGCAAACUGAUGACGUCAAUCGAAUCAAGUGUCCAGAAUCACACAGUCGACAAUGUUCCGGAGGGAAACGCAAUCAUUCUUGAUGGAAUGGCACUCAUUCAAGCUACAAAGAAGCUACUUCCAUCGUUUGGAGAAUUUGCAGAGCAAUUGUUUUCAAGGGUGAUAAAGCUGGCAAUUUAUCACAAAUCUUCACGUGUCGAUUUUGUGGUAGACAGAUAUCCUGAUGUGAGCAUUAAAAACCUCGAACGGAACAUUCGGGCAAGUGGUGGAUUAGCAGUAAUCAAUAUAUAUGGAGCUGACCAAAAACUACCAGCACAAUGGGGCAAGUUUCUUAAGCAUGGUCGAAACAAAGAAGCACUCAUUCGGUUUUUGUUUGAACAGUGGUGUACAUACACAUCGAUGAUGUUUAGUGGUAUUGUGGUCUACGUUUGCCAUAGCCUUAAGUGCCAUAGCCUUAAACCAGGACUUGACAAUGCACCUAAUAUUAUUCGAGAAAUAGCAACAUUAUCUUGCGAUCACGAAGAAGCCGACACUAGAAUGCUACUUCAUGCAAAUCAUGUGUCUCAGUCACAUGGAAGUAUUGUGAUAAAGAGCCCGGAUACGGACGUCUUCAUUAUUAUACUUAAUUUUUGCCAUAUUCUCCAAUGCGAACUAUUUUUUGAGACUGCUGCGAAUGAGAAAACUCGGAUCAUAGACGUCAGAUGUGUUCAACAGCAGAUUGGUGAGAAAGAAGGCAAAGCAUUAAUCGGAUUUCACGCAUAUACUGGUAAGCAAUAACUAGCUACAUUAUAUUAAUAAUUAGGGUGCCGUUUCGUUAAUGAUUUAGCUAAAAGUGAGGUAGAUGUAUAGUAGCCACAUGUAGUUUGUAAGAACACAACAGCUUGUGCAUCACUGGAUCAAUUUUAGUUCCUUUACCAUUUCUAGGGUGUGAUUCUACGAGCUCAUUUUAUGGUCGAAGUAAGAUAUCAACCUGGAAAUUAGUUUCAAAUGACGAAACAGCUCUCAACACAUUUGUGCGUCUUGGUGAGGACUUUGACGUUGAUGAAUCCAUUUAG